CAACAUGCGACCAAGAAAAAAAAAAACAAAAAAAAUAAAAAAGCGACCUCUCCAAACACCCAAAAGCAAACAAACAACCACCACCUCACUUGGCGUACCAUUCAAAGCAACCAUAGUCGAACUCGGGUUGGCUAUUAAACCCGGUCCAUCGGAUUUCUCCACUCUCUAUUGGAACUUCAAUCGCCGGCGUUCAACUACUGCGUAUACAAAUACAAUACACAAAAGUAGAACAAGAAAUUCCUGCUUUUAAUCUGAAUGGAUCAGUCCGAAGGUGGAGAGCCCUUACUUUCGGAUCCUGUUAUUGUCAACGGAACUGUAACGCCGGUUACACUCACCGCCGCCGGCGAAUUACGGUGGUCUGAGGGCGGCAGCCACCGGUGCUUGGCGGUGGAGAAGGAGGUUCUCGGGUUCUCCAUAGAAGGGUCAAGAAUUAAAAUCAGGGCUGUUGUUAAAGGUGGGGAUGAGAUCUGCUGUGUCGGGCGCAGGGGAGCUCUGAUGAGGAAGAGCUUCAUUUUCGAGCCAUCAUCAGAGGUUUCGCUGCGACUCUGGUGCCAAAAGCUUCAAGAAUUCAUCGAUUCUCUUGGUAGGCCGAAGAAACUAUUUAUACUAAUGAAUCCAUUUGGAGGAAAGAAAUCUGCAUCGAAGAUUUUUCUUGAUGAUGUGAAACCACUGUUUGAGGAUGCUAACGUUGAAUUUACGGUGCAAGAAACUAAAUACCAGCUUUACGCAAAAGAAGUGGCUAAAACAUUGGAUAUCUCAAAAUAUGAUGGAAUUGUUUGCGUUAGUGGGGAUGGAAUAUUAGUUGAGGUAGUAAAUGGACUGCUUGAAAGAGAGGAUUGGGAAUCUGCUAUAAGGAUGCCUCUUGGAGUAGUACCUGCAGGUACUGGAAAUGGCAUGGUAAAAUCUAUUCUGGAUUCUGUUGGUGAUCCCUGUACUGCAUCUAAUGCUACUCUUGCUAUUAUUCGAGGGCAUAGGCGUUCACUGGAUGUCGCUACUAUCUUGCAAGGGGAGACCAGAUUUUUUAGUGUGUUGAUGCUUGCAUGGGGUCUUGUGGCAGAUAUUGAUAUUGAGUCUGAGAAGUAUAGAUGGAUGGGAAGUGCUCGUCUAGAUGUCUAUGCUCUUCAACGAAUAUUUCAUCUUAGGAAAUAUGAUGGCCGUAUAUCUUUUGUGCCUGCUCCUGGGUUUGAAGCUUAUGGAGAGCCAAGCUGCCAAAAAGGUGAAUCUAGAGGUGAAGUCAGCAUCUGUAAUCCAAGUCAAGGGGAGAAUAUUGAUGUUCAGAAAUGUGGCUACUGUGGUCCUAAUGUUGAUGUUGAGAGUUUAAGUUGGAGGAAGCUUGAUGGGCCGUUUGUUUCAAUCUGGCUUCAUAAUGUUCCAUGGGGUGCUGAAGACACCCUGGCAGCACCUGAUGCCAAGUUCUCAGAUGGUUAUUUGGAUUUGGUCAUGAUUAGGAAUUGCUCAAAGUUAUCCUUGCUAACAUUGAUGACUGAUUUGAAUAAUGGAGGUCAUGUCAAAUCUCCACAUGUCCUAUACCUUAAGGUGAAAGCAUUUGUUUUGGAGCCUGGCCCACGAACUGGGGACCCGACCAAGGAAGGGAUCAUAGACGCAGAUGGUGAGGUCUUAGCCAGAGGGAAGGGAACAUUCAAGUGUGAUCAGAAAACCCUGAUGGCAUAUGACAAGCUCCAAAUUACAGUGGAUCAAGGUUUAGCGACUCUAUUUACCCCAAUUUAGAAUUCUAUCUUGGUUUUUCAUGGAUCUGAUUUUGUGGUUAUACUGUUAAAUACCGAAAAGAAAAAGUAACUGCCACUGGUUGGUGAUAAAUUCUGUUUGUAUAGAAUCACAAAAGGAGAGAGAGAAAAAAAAUAAAAAUAGAAAAACAUUUUUUAAGUUUCAGAAGUUGCUUGUAGCAUGCUUUUUGGGCAAUGCUAGUUCUUCUCUUGCUUCAAGUUUAAAGUUGACUUAUAAAGUUUUGAUUGAACUA